AUGCUAUCCAGACUGCAAACUUACGCAACUAGUCUAACCCAAAAGACACAAUUGUUGUUAAGCAAGACCGUUUACUACGGUAAGGUGACCGCUGAACUAUCCAAGCAAGUUUACACUAAGGAAGGUCUACAACCACCUAACUUUUCCGACUUUGAAAUGGUUUACACCAGAUUGUACAGACAAGCUGUCCACUAUGCUGAAAGACCUCAACAAGCCAUCGAAGCAUUGAAGAACAUUGAGAAGGACAAGGCUAUUCAAAUCGGUGCUGUUGGUGUACAAAUGUUGGGUUUGUACUCAUUGGGUGAAAUCAUUGGUAGAAGAAAGGUUGUUGGCUACCGUAACUACUCUACUGCUUCCCAUUAA